AUGGCGUGUGGCUACCUUGGUAUUCAACCUUCAAAUGUUGAUGAUGAAAAGGCAUUUUCUCAAGCUGCUUCUACUAAUAAUAACAAUAAUAAUAAAAUUAAUGAACAACUAAAAAAAAAAUUAAUUGAUGAAAUGAUAAGAGUUGAUCAAGCUGGAGAAAUUGGGGCGAAUUGGAUUUAUAAAGGUCAAUUGGCAAUUUUAGGAAAAGACAAAAAAGUUGGACCUAUAAUUCAGGAAAUGUGGGAGCAAGAAAAAGUUCAUCUUCGUACAUUUGACAAAAUAAUUGCUCAUCAUAGAGUAAGGCCAACUUUAUUAAGACCUUUAUGGGAAUUAUCAGGUUAUGUAUUAGGAGUUGGUACAGCUUUAAUGGGUAAAGAAGCUGCGAUGGCCUGUACUGAAGCAGUUGAAACUGUUAUCGGAGAACAUUAUAAUGAGUAA